GGCCGCUGCGGCGGGGCCUGGUGGGCGCCAUGUCCACUCUAUUCCCUUCCCUGCUGCCGCGCCUGACCGAGCCGCUGUGGUUCAACCUGGACCGGCCGUGCGUGGACGAGACCGAACUGCAGCAGCAGGAGCAGCAGCACCAGGCCUGGCUCCAGAGCAUCGCAGAGAAAGACAACAACCUGGUGCCCAUUGGGAAGCCGGCCUCGGAGCACUAUGAUGAGGAGGAGGAGGAGGACGACGAGGACGAUGAAGACAGCGAAGAGGACUCUGAGGAUGAUGAAGACAUGCAGGAUAUGGAUGAGAUGAACGAUUACAACGAGUCUCCCGAUGAUGGGGAGAUCAAUGAGGUGGACAUGGAAGGGGCAGAGCAGGACCAGGACCAGUGGAUGAUCUGAUCCCAGCAGAACAGGGAGCCAGACUAAGCGUGAGAUGGGGAUUGAGCCCCCCCAUCCCUCUGCUUGGGAUUGUCCUGGAGCUGUGUGUGUGUUUGGGGGGGGGGAGGGGGUUGCUCUAUUGACCACCGCACCCCACGGCGGGCACAGCACGAAGCUGCCCAGAGGGGCCAUGAAUGCUGGGCAGUGCCAGCGGGCACGCAGCGCACAUGGGGACAGCGUGGGGACACGAGAGGAACGGAGCACCUUUUCUAAUAAACACCCAGUUUUGUAGGA